AUGGAAGUCCAUCAAAGCGAUAAUGAAUCAUCGAGUAUAUUUCAAAACCAUAGUCAACAACAACAAGAUCAACAAUUACUAGUGUCUUCAACAACAGCAACAGCAGAAACAACAAAUAAUAAUGAAUCAAAUAGUACAGAAGGAUGUAGUAAUACAGCAGAUACAGCUACAACAAACAAGAAUGAAAGAUAUAAUACAAUGUUAUUAGAAACUAUAUAUAGAGAUAAAUUAUUACAAUAUCAACAAAAGUUAAGAAAAGAAUAUGAUAACUUGUUAAAUGUACAAGUGGAUACUAUGAAAAUAGAUUAUGAAAAGAGAAUCAUGACUCAAAUAGAUGAAUUAAAGCUUUCUACAAACAAGAAAAUGUUAGAAAUUGUAUUAUUAUUUAAACAAACCUUUGAAAAUUAUCAACAACAACAGGAAAAGAAAGUUGAUUUGGAUUUAAAACUUGUUGAUAAACAACAACAAGAAAAGGAAGAAGAAGAUGAAAAAUUAAAAUUGGAUGAUAAAGAAAAGAUUAUAAAUGAAUUAAAAAUAGAGAUUGAUAAACAAAACAAUCAAUACAAUCAACAAUUACAAUCAAUCAUGGAAAUUAUAAAAGACCUUACCGUUCAACAACAAGAUACAACCAUUAAAUAUCAAUCUUUUCAAGAAUUAUUGGACCAAUUUCCAAAUGAUAAAUAA